CUCAGGAGCUCCGGGCUCGCUGGACUUGACAUACCAGGCUCGGCGGAGAGACUCAUAGCCACUCUCUUCGCGGACGAUACGACAGUUUUCCUCAGCGCGAGGGACGACUAUGGGGACUUGCUGUCAAUCCUAGAAGCGUGGUGCGCUGCGGCUAGGGCUAAAUUCAACGGGGAGAAGACAGAAAUCAUACCGGUUGGACCGGAAGAAUACCGCCAGGCGGUGAGGGAGCGCAGGAGCAUAGCCGAGGGCGGCACUCCGUUUCCGGCUGGCUUGAGAGUGGCGGGAGACGGGGAGGCCGUGCGCACCCUGGGCGCGUGGGUCGGGAACCGCGUAGACAACGCUGUGCCCUGGCACAAUGUUGUGGCAGCCAUAGAAGAGAACCUAACACGAUGGGACAAAAGAAACCCCACCAGUCAAGGUAGAAGACUCAUCCUAAACAUGGAGAUGGGCGGACGUACCCAAUAUCUUGCACGAGUGCAGGGCAUGCCCAAGUCGAUCGAAGACCGGCUGGAGAAGUUGGCGGUGAACUUCAUGUGGGCGGGUACGAGGCGCCCCAGGGUUGGAAAGGACACCCUGAUGUUGCCCAUACAGGAAGGC